UGAAAUUGUUGCAUAGCUGAACACACUUGCUCUAUUUGGAAAUACUUUGACUUAUAAAAAUGUCUUUCUUGUCAUACACAGAGAGAGAUUUCCAGGUACAUGAGAAUGACAUUCUGUCUGGUAAAUCUUGUAGGUACCUAGUACGGAAUUUGAAGGGAGAGGGGAGCUUUGGGCAAGUAGCCCGGUGUAUAAAAUUGGACACCAUGGAGGAUGUGGCAGUCAAGAUUAUAAGGAAAUAUCCAACCUGGGCUGGUAAAAAAGAGGCAUCUGCUCUGAAAGAAGUCAGUAUUCUAGACAUGAACAAGAACAACAUGGUGAAGUUUUUUGAAUCCUUCAAGUACAAAGGCCAUGUUUGUGUAGUUUUGGAAAUGUUAGACAAAAGUUUGCAAGACUUUGUAAAUGAAAGGAUGAAGCCACUGUGUGUGUCUGAGAUUCGAGUUAUCACGCAACAGCUGCUGGUGGCUCUAAACGCCCUGAAAGGCAUAGGUCUGGUGCAUGCAGACAUCAAGCCAGAUAAUGUGAUGCUGGUGAAUCAUCAGUUGCAGCCAUUCAGGGUGAAACUGAUUGACUUUGGUUUUACCAUUCGGGUUUCCAAAAUAAAGAGAGGCACUGCCGUUCAGGCUCUUGGUUACAGAGCUCCUGAGGUCAUCCUUGGCCUCCGGUUGAGUGAGGCCAUAGAUAUGUGGGCUCUUGGCUGCGUAAUGGCAUUCCUGUAUCUGAGCCUGCACCUGUAUCCUGUACGGUGCGAAUACGAGAUCAUUAGAAUCAUCGUGCAGAUGCAGGGUCAGCCCGACGAUCGCCUGCUGAAUGCUGGAUCCCGUACUAAGGAUUUUUUCAGCAAGAACAAAGGCUUCACCCAGCAACUAUGGAGUAUGAAGACAAGAACUGAAUAUGUGCUUGCAACAGGCCAGGAGUCCCAACGAUGUAGGACCAUUUCCAACAAGUACACUCGUCUGGACGACAUGAUAGCGGACCACCCAGAGCCGAAAACCACCACUGAGUAUGAGGACACACUGGCGUUUAUAAGUCUCCUCAAACGGAUGCUGCGUGUGGAUUCUGUCAAAAGAAUUACCCCCACUGAAGCUCUGGGGCACCGGUUUAUCACAAUGAGACACUUUCCCAGAGACACUGAUCCAGACCUUUAUGUGGCAUCAUCCCGUGUGAACAUGAGCGUGUGCCCACCCCAGGACUCACCAGUUGAAAUAAACUGCUUUGUAACCUCCAGUGAAGUUUCACACUAUGGAGCACCGGCCGUCAGCCCACACACCUUUUCAACCGCCACUGGUUGUGAUGAUAAAAGCAAUGCUGGCAAUAAUGAUGCCACAAAUGGUGCAGCUUUACCUCCCUCCGUUAGCGGUCAUCCAGAUGGGUUCAACACGGGCAGUGAUGGAGGAUACUUUGUCUCAGUUAAAACACAGGCGAUUAGGAGAUUCUUUUCCAGCAUGAGCAAGGCCAUGUGUUGCUGCUCUGUAGAUGUUGUGGAUGAUUGAUGUCCUGAGAGAAUCCACAGUAAAAAGUCAUUACGGGUCAGUCAACACUGGGAGCUGUUUAGGAUGAUACCUCCAACCUUGAACUGGCCAGCUUCUGCCCAUUGGUCUAAGUCUCAAAUAUCCAUACUAAGGAUUUUGUUCUCAUGUGAGACUCCCACCCAUCCAACACACACACACCUUCCAUUUUUAACUUAUUAUUAUCUGGUUAAUUAAUAUAAUAAACAAAAUAAACUUUAAAAUUGUGUUUGCUUUGUUUCUUUCCCCUCUGGUCACUCAUCAUCAGUGACACAUCUAUAACCUCUACAUAUGCAUGUGCACCCAC